CUUUCUCCCAUUCUCUUAGAAGAAGCAGCUUCGUCUCACCAUGCGCGUGUCCACUAUCGCUCUCACUGCCAUCUUGGUCACAUCGGCUCAAGCCGCUGUACUCGUCGAGCGGGACACAUGUUCCAACGGAGUCAAGAUCUGCGGGGGUGGUAGUGUCUCGUGCUCUGGUCGUCAAUGCACUGCUUGUAACGGGGACAAGUGCUGUACUGUGACUGGUCCUUCUGACAAUUCGUGCAACCAAGCUACGCCGUGCGUAGACUUUUCGACUUGCACGAUCCCGUCCAGCUCUGGCUCUGGUUCAGGUUCUGGAUCAGGCUCCAGCUCAGGUUCAGGCUCAGGCUCUGGAUCGAGCUCUGGCUCAGGAUCCAACUGGAACUUUUGGGAAUGGCUGCAGAGUCUUGGCUGGUGAGGACAUAUGUGGCUAGUUCCUUGGAAUGCUUCAAAU